CGGCCACUGCCAACAACCACUCCACUUUCUUUGCUCCUGCAUUGCUCUAUAUAUCAGCAAUUGUUCUGUGUGUGAUCUGUGUCUGAGAGCAGCUACUAUUCAGGUGAUCGAGGUGAGUAGGUAACAAGCAGCUGCUAGUGGUUCAGUGCGAGGGAGAUCGAGCAGCAAUGGCGCAGGGAAGAGGCAGUGGCGGCUCUGUGGUGGCCCUUGCGGCGGCGGCGCUGCUCCUCUGCGUGCUCCUUCAGGCCCAGGUGGCCGAGUCGGCCGUGUUCACCGUCGGCGACCGCGGCGGAUGGACCUUCAACUCCAACACCUGGACCAACGGCAAGCGCUUCAAGGCCGGGGACGUCCUAGUGUUCAAGUACGACUCGUCGGCGCACAACGUGGCGUCGGUGAACGCGGCGGGGUACAAGGGCUGCGCCGCUCCCCGGGGCGCCAGGACGUACACGUCCGGCAACGACCGCGUCACCCUCGCCCGCGGCACCAACUACUUCAUCUGCAGCAUCCCCGGGCACUGCCAGGCCGGCAUGAAGAUCGCAGUCACCGCCGCCUGACGGAUAUCAUCUGCUACUUGCAUUGCUUCCAUCCUAGCUACCUCAUGAUCGAUUAAAAUACAUACAUAUACAUGCAUAAAUAAAGCAAGGUUGGUUGGUUCAGAGUUGCUUGUGCUCCAUUGUCGUCAACAGCUACAUGUACUGUAGUGCUUGUGUGUGAUUGAUGCCACUUCCAUGUCGAUAUGAUAUGGUGUUGAGGAUGUGUUUAGUCUGAUCGUGUAAAGUAGCAAGAGAAUGUGUGUGUGAUUAUUGCUAAGUGCA